ACGAGGAGAAGGAUGAAGCUACUUUAUUGUAGAAGACAAGAGAGCACACACAUACAGGUGGCUUGAAGAUGAAGUGGCUUGUGGUUGCCUUUGUUGCUUGUAUCCUUGUGGUUGGCGUCUACUCCGCUGAUGAGUCAGUUGAGUGGUGUUAUCACGAUCCUUCUUGCAAUGACACAACAUGGCCGACAAUUGUUCCAAAAUUUUGCAAUGGCAGUAGACAGUCACCCAUAAACAUCGUGUCUGCUGAUGCCACAGCAGAUGCAAACCUGACUAACUUCACCUUCACUCAAUUUGACAACACCAGCGCCCUGGCAGAAAUCAUCAACACUGGCAAGACAGUGAAAGUGAACUUAAGAAGUGGGGUGAGGAUUUCAGGGGGUGGUCUCCCUGAGCCCUAUGACAGCUUGCAGUUCCACUUGCACUGGGGCAAUGGAUCAAGCACGCGUGGCUCUGAGCACACAGUCAAUGGGAAAAGCUAUCCAAUGGAGAUGCACAUCGUCAACGUGAAGUCCAGUCAUAAUCUGAACACGACUCUUGCCGUCAAUGACUCUACGGGACUUGCUGCUCUUGGCUUCUUUCUUGAGGUAGAUACCAGCCUUCCAUCUAAUCAACCUUCCAGCUGGCGCACACUCACGUCCUACUUGAACAACAUCACACUAUCUGGUAACGUAUCCUCCAUAACAAACGAGAUUUCACUGGACGACCUACUGACAGGAGUGAACCGCUCAAAGUAUUAUCGUUAUCUUGGCUCACUUACCACACCCUCCUGCAAUGAAGCUGUUGUCUGGACCGUUUUUAAGGAACCCAUCAAAAUCAGCAGCAACCUGGUUGACCUCUUUAGUACGAUACUGCACAUCAACACCACCGACGCGUCACCGCUUAUGGUGAACGUCUUCAGGAAUGUCCAGGAGUCUCAGCCAGUCACCACCCAGGCCAGGGAAGAGACUAGCGACUCGCCCAAAGCUUGCGCCUCUUUGGGUCUGCUGGCUCUCAGCCUAGUACUGGGCAAGAGUUAGUCAUCCCCAGUUUACGCUUGAUUGCAGAUGCACCCAUUUUUAAUGCGGCUUGCCUUCACCACCCUUUAAUUGACCAACUGUUUUUUGGGUUUUUUUUUUCUCUAAUGUUUGUAACCUAAUCUACUUAAAAAAUAAUUCUGCACUGCAUAUACUGUCUCAUUUAUUCUGUGUGCUCGCUGCAGGAUGUCCUUACAUGGAAUGUCGCAAUGAGGCUCGCACCUUUAGCAUUUUAAAUGACCAAAUAUAUUAUAACUUAUCAUUUUAAGUUGAAACCCCGGCUGCUACCUUUUUUAAGUUCACACAGAAUAUUUAAGCUAUUGUUGCUUUUUUAUAUUAUAAAUAUUUGGUAAAAAUAAAUAGUAUGAUCAACUUUGUCCUGUGCUGCACAACUUACACAGAACUGUGACUUUUUGUGAAGUUUGUAUCUGUGUGAACUUAAAAUUAUUAGAUGGGGAAACUUGAAGGACUUCCAAGUGAGUCACAAUCAAUGCAAAGCAUGAUGUACAUGUUAGCCUUUUAUUUUCUGCAAGACUGAUUAAAUCUGUCCAAGUGCCACUUGCCAGUAAA